AUGCAAUCCGAAUUCUUAAUACAUAAUCUAAAUAGCUUCAAAAAUAAUGCAGUUUCUUAUUUAGAUUCUGAAACUUUUGAAGAAUUCUAAAAAAGGCAAAAAGAUUAUGAUAAAUUAGAGGAAUAUCCCUAUCAUACUAGAUAAACACGCAAAACCCUCGAUAAAUACCACUAUUCUAAUACUGCUAAAGAGAUUAAAUAGUAUUUUUUCAAACAAAGGGAAAUUUAAAAGAUUAUUUCAACUUCAAAGACCAUCAUGCUCAAUAAUAAAAAAUAACCAAAAAAGAGACAAUUCAAUCUUUUAUAAAUCAUUAUGAUUAUUAUUCCAAUUUUAUAAGUAAUGACUAUUUUGACUGAAUUAUUAUGA